UCUAUAAUAAUACAUCGUCGUUGACUUGAAAUAGAUCUAGAUCUUAGAUAGGAUCAUAGGACAUAGGUUGAUAGGUCUAUAGAUCUAUAUCUAGUCUAGUUAUCUAGACCUAGAAUAGCCUUCCUUCUACAUGCUGGAAGAUCAAUCAGCUGCUAAAAAUAUGAAACUGAAGUGUCCUGAAAUACUGAUUAUUUUGCUUCUCGUGAAAGAAAGACAACCUACAUCAGACUUCAAGGGAUUGCAGCACAAAAAAACAACAACCCCUAGAUACUUCUAUUUGAAAUCUCAGGUUUAAAAAAACAUUAACAAACUGAAGACAACAAAAAGCUUGAGCACUUGAUAGUUCAGUUCUGGUGAAGUCAAUCAAAGAAUAACAACAUGUGUGGUAUUUUUGCAUAUCUCAAUUAUUUGGUGCCUGCAACCAGAAAAGAAAUAUUAGAUAUACUCAUCAAUGGCUUGAAGCGCAUGGAAUAUAGAGGUUAUGACUCUGCAGGUAUAGCAGUUGAAGGCUCAGACAGUGAAGACAACUGUUCUGUAAAGAUCAUCAAACAAACUGGGAAAGUUGCAGCAUUAGAAAAGUUGUUGCUUGAGACUAAAGAUUUGGACUAUGAUAAGAUUUAUAACAUCCAUGUUGGUAUUGCACACACCCGUUGGGCUACACAUGGCCAGCCAAGUCCAGUGAAUGCACACCCUCACAGAUCUGACCCUAAUAAUGAGUUUGCCAUUAUCCACAAUGGGAUUAUCACCAACUACAAGGACAUUAAGUCUUUUUUGUUACAAAAAGGAUUUCAGUUUGAGUCUGAGACAGACACAGAAGUUGUGGCCAAACUUAUCAAACAUUUAUAUGACACCCAUCUUGGCCAGAGUCUCAAGUUUAGUGAACUGAUUGAGAUGACCAUUGCCCAGUUGGAAGGGGCUUUUGCUAUAGCUGUCAUGAGUAAACAUUAUCCAGGGGACAUAGUGGCCACAAGACGGGGAAGUCCACUUUUAAUUGGUGUGAAAAGUAAAACCAAACUGAGCACAGACCAUGUUCCUAUACUGUUUGCCAAAGCACCACUUCUUGACAAAAGUCAUAGAGGAUUUCUGGGUAGUAGUCGUGGACGUAGAGAUGAGGAUACUGAAUACAUGCCAGUGGGACCUCACAAAGAGAUUGAGUAUUUUAUAGCAUCUGAUGCCAGUGCUUUCAUAGAGCAUACAAACCAAGUCAUCUUUCUAGAAGAGAAUGAUGUUGCAUCCGUCCAUGAAGGUGUCCUCAACAUACACAGAGUAUCCAAGAGUUUAGAUGACAGGACAUUCAGGGAAGUGUGCACCUUGAAGAUGGAGAUUGAGCAAAUUAUGAAAGGAAGCUUCAGUUCAUUCAUGCAGAAAGAAAUCUUUGAGCAGCCUGAAUCAGUAGUGAACACCAUGAGGGGGAGAGUGAACUUUGAGACCAAGGAAGUGGUGCUUGGAGGCAUCAAGGACUACAUGUCUGAAAUCAGGCGCUGCAGGCGACUUUUGUUUAUAGCAUGUGGUACCAGCUACCACAGCGCAGUGGCUACUCGUCAGUUGCUGGAGGAAUUAACUGAACUUCCAGUGAUGGUUGAGUUGGCAAGUGACUUCCUAGACAGAAACACUCCCAUCUUUAGAGAUGAUGUGGUCUUCUUUCUGAGUCAGUCAGGUGAGACAGCUGAUACUCUCCUUGCCUUAAGGUAUUGUAAACAAAGAGGGGCUCUCAUUGUUGGCAUCACAAACGUCGUAGGAUCUAGUAUCUCUAGGGAGUCCAACUGUGGUGUGCAUAUCAAUGCAGGUCCUGAGAUUGGUGUAGCUAGUACUAAGGCCUACACAAGUCAGUUUAUUGCCCUUGUUCUCUUUGCUCUUGUCAUGAGUGAGGACAGAAUCUCCAUGCAGCAGAGAAGGCAUGAGAUUAUUGAAGGCUUACAGUGCUUGCCAGAGCAGAUCAAAACAGUUUUGGCCUUAGAUGAGAAAAUCCACAAGCUUGCCAAUGAGCUGUACACCCAGAAAUCUCUUCUUGUUAUGGGGCGUGGUUAUAAUUAUGCAACUUGCUUAGAGGGAGCAUUGAAAAUUAAAGAGCUGACCUACAUGCAUUCUGAGGGUAUACUUGCUGGAGAGUUGAAGCAUGGACCACUGGCCCUAGUAGACAAAGCCAUGCCUGUACUGAUGGUCUGCACCAAAGACAAAGUCUAUUCUAAAUGUGUCAAUGCCUUAGAGCAAGUGAAAGCCAGACAUGGCAACCCAAUACUUAUAUGCACAGAGGGGGAUAAAGAGAUUCAGUCCAUGUCUAACCAUUACGUGGAGGUGCCCCACACCAUCGACUGCUUGCAGGGAGUCUUGACAGUCAUCCCAAUGCAGUUGUUGUCUUUGCAUAUAGCAGAGCUGAGAAAGCUAGAUGUGGACUGUCCACGAAACCUGGCUAAAUCAGUCACUGUGGAAUAAAUUAUGCUAAUAUCAAGGUCCAUCAGCUCUAUCUACGGACAGACCUCGUCACCUCCUGAAAACAUACACAAGCUAAACAAAAGCUAAAAAAACAUAGAUCUAUUGCUCACAGAAUGUUAGGGUUUUAGUCCUUACAAUUAUUACUAAUAAUUUUCAUGAAAUGAAAUAUGAGAUAGAAUUACUUUCAAGUCAAUUUGUUGAAACAUCAUCAGUUAAAAAAAAAAGAUUUGGCAGGAUUGGAUAGCUGUAAGCUUUGUUACUAGUAUAAAAUUGUUAGAAUGGAAGUUUUCUAAGAUCACAAGAAAGUUAACAUUAUUAUUACUAUUUUAGUGUUUAUAUAUGCUUAUGUUAUACAUUUGUAAUCUUUUAUGUUUUUGUUUUGUUUGCUUAUGGGGUAAUGUAAUAUUUUAUUUUAAGCAUUUUAUUUGUAUGAGGUGAUCUUAUUCUUUCUUAAACUUUACAUUCAGAGUCUAGCCUAAGACUUUCAAGGUUAGAUAACUCUGGUGUACUCUUUCUUUAUUUCUGCUAAUGGGAAUCUCUCUCUUAUUUUCUUUCAAUUUUUAAAUGUUUUAACUUGAACUUGUUUAACCAAACUUGACCUAUUUAAGUGAUUUCAUGCAUAUGUUUUAUCAUGCUGUCUUCCAGUUUUUUUUUUCUUUUAAAAUUAUUUUGUCAUUUUACAUUUUUAGUGUUAUUUAGCAAAUAUUUUAGAACAUUUAUCAAAGUAUCUUUUUUUUUUUUGGAGAGUAAGUUUUAGUUUCCAUUCAGCUCCCAGCAGCUCAAUAGACAAGACUUGAUGACCAGACCAGCUCAGUCAUUUUGUUUUUUCAAGCUUCUUUUUCUUACAAAAAUAUGUGUUUUUAAUUUAAAAUGAAUAUUUUAUUUUGUAUAAAAACAACAGUGAAUUAAAAAAAAAUAAUUUUUAUUUUCAUUAUUACAAUUAUCUAUGUCCAUUUGGAAGUUUGACAAUUGUUAUGAGACUAUAAACAAAACCAUUGUUGUUUUUAGAUUUGUUUUUCUUUUUAACUGUGUUAUUAGAUUUGUUUGCCUUUUAUCUGUCUUAUAACUGUUAUGUUCUCAAAAUGCCUUGAACCUACAAUUUCUUUGUUAAUAGUGCUCAAUACAUUCAGUUAUUGCAAUUCAUGAGCUACUAAACUUCUGAUCCAACUAGGACUGCGAUUUGUUAAAGGGAAACAAAGUUCAAGGUUAUCCCCCUUUAUUGUGUCCAUUUUUCUCCAAUUUUUUUUUUUU